CCAAACACCAAGAAAAAUGACAUAAGUGUGGCAUUGCAGUAAAAUGCAUAAAGAUUUAUGCGCGUAAUUUAAAAUAUUGUAUAUAUGUAUUGGGCAACAAGAAUAAUUAUAUUUGUUCAACGAAUAACAGCAGUGCAAGUACAAUACUAUUUCGGCCGCUAUAUCAUGUCCUAGUGAAGGAUCAGUAAUGGGGCGCAAAGAGUCCCUCGAGCAAUGAGAGUGCGGUCGCGGGCGGACGCGUGGCGCGCGCUGCGGCGGCGCUGGCUGGCGGGCGGCGUGCUGGCCGCCGUGACGCUGGCCGUGCUGGCGCCGCGCCUCGGCGCGCCCGGAGGCAACUACUGCAUGCUCAUUCAGUAGAUCAUACACCGUAUUGCACUCCGCCAUGCGGGCUGCGCGCGGAGUACUCGGCGUGGCUGCUGGUCGGGUACGUGCACUACUGUGCCGGCCGGAGCCAGGCCGGGCCCCGCGGCGGGGCCCCUGCCGGGCCACGCGCCGGGGCCCCUGCCUGGCUCCUCGUGCGGCCCAGCCGCGCCCAGGCGGCCUGCGUGCUGCACGCGCACGUGGUGUCGCCUGCGCUGGCGGCCGCAGUGGUCAGUACAUUCACGGAUGGCGUGGACUACAGGAUCACGCAGGGCGUGAUGCUGUGGUCGCGCGGCGGGGGCUGCGCGUGGCUGGCGGCGGCGCUGGGCGCGCGCGGGGCGGGGCCCUGCUGCGCCGCGCUCUACGCCGCCUCGCUGCUGGCCGAGCCGCUACACUCCUGGCUGCUGUGUGGACGCGCGACUCUGCCUUCGCUGGCGGGCGUGGUGGUCACGCUGUGCACGGUGGCGGCGCCCUUCGCAGUGGGCGCGAUGGUGUCGGCGAACGGCCAGCGACCGGCCUGUAGGGGCCCGGGUUGCAGGGGCCCGGGCUGCAGGGGCCCGGAAUGCAAGGGGCCGGCGCGCAGCGUGCAGCUGGCGGCUCUGGCGCUGCUGUAUGCGGAGUGCUGCGAGCGAUUAUGUGACGCGGAGGCCAUUGUGUACCUGGGGGACGUGCUGGCCGCCUUCCUACUAGAACUGGUCUGCGUGGUGGUGUCGGCGGCGUGGUGCGCGGGGUACUGGCGCGCCGGCCUGCUGUCGGCGGCCGAGGCGCGGCUGGUGGCGCAGUGCGCGCUGCCGCGCUCGCUCGAUACUCGGUGGGGGCUGGCGUGUGCGGCGCCGGGUAUGUGCCGGCUGCCGGCCGUGUUCGUAGCGCCCACGCAGACGCUGCUGCUGGCGGCGCUCGGCCCCGACUGCGCUGACUGCGCUGACUGCGACGGCUGCGACGACUGUGACGGCUGUAAGGAGCGUGCAAUGGAGUCCAGUACAUCAUGAAGGAGUCCGCUCGCAUGGCACCUCCAGUAGAAAGACCAAUAGAAUACUCAUAUAACAACACGACUGGUACUGUGGCCUUAGAGUUAGCCUUAUAGUGGUGUGCUAAAUAAAUACGAUACGAAAGUAUUUGAAUAAUGGGAACAAUUUAAAAUGUUUCUUCAGCUCGCUUUGAGUGAUAUUGUAGGUUUUAAAGGGCGAUGCACCAUUUGCAACAUAUUUGUACAACGAAUGCUAUGUAUUAGAUCGGGGCGACCAUGAUACCCUGACCACUUGAAGUAGCAGGUGCGCUUCGUCUUCGCACCAGCACGGGUACCCAAUAUUAACAUUUGUAAUUGGCUAAUUGUGCCUCGGCAGUCGUUCGGUCCUUAUUUAUUUGAUAUCCACGUAGCGGACGUCGGCGGGCGCCUCCAUACAUCCAGGCUCUGAUGCUAUGCGAAUGAUAUAGUUUGUGCCACUAUGCAUGUCAAGUUCAAUCAGGUCGAGAAACCGUGCAGUGCUUACCAGUAACUCAUACGUUAGCCGACCUUGUACUUGCGCAAUACUGUCGGUGACUUGGCCAUCCAUUAGUUAGUUAAUUAGCUUUGACACACGAGUACCUAUUUAUUAAAAUAAUCUAUAUUUUACUCGCUCUUACCAAUCGCAGUGUAGAGUGCCCUCCACCUAGGACUGAUGAUAUCCACAGGACGGCUGACAGUAGUUGGAUGAGAAGAGCUGAAUACCGAGCUCAAUAGCGUGAAGUUGGGGAGGCCAAGUCUAGCAGUGGACGGAAUCAGGCUGAUCAUGUAGUUAAAAUAAUAAAUAUAUUUUUUUACAUCUAGUAAGAAAUUUCCUGGCCUGCUGUGCGUCUCAGAUAUGGAACCAUAUGAUUAAAAAUGAUUUAUAGUUGUAGAAACGUCUGUUUGAAAUAAUAGAUUCCUCUUGCCCAUCAGUCCACGUGUUACCGUGAACUGAAUACAGGAGAAUGCCUCGAGUCUCGCUCCUCUACUGCGAACUCUCGGCAGAUGUUGACUCGAGUCAACACCUAGUAGUUCUCUACUGAGAUAAAUUAUAUUACUGUAGUAUUCGUUGACAUUUUAAUGCCGCCUUUACUUGCGCCUUGUUCUUCAAUAAUGUGUAAUAAUGCGCGCAAGCAGAAAUUUUCAUAACAAUAUUCCAGCAUAAUUUUUGUAAGUCGAGUGUCGAGUACCACUUAGUACCAGCCAAUAUAUUAGAUAAUCCAAAAUUAUGAUAACGACUAUCAAUUUCAAUUCUAUGUUUUAUUUCAAGCACACACUCCAAUGUUUAUAGCUACUAGGACUAGCGCUAGAAUAUAAUAUAUUAGAUGUAAGUCCUCCAUGUUCUGUAAUAAAUGAGUCUAUUAAAGUGAUAUUAAAUUA